UUGAUAUUAUCAUUUUGUUACUUGCUCAACGGCAAAAUGGCAUUUAACGAAAGUCAAGACAAUUUCAAAUUGUGCUUUAUUGCUUUUAACUUGAGUGGUUUAGGGCCUUCAAGUAAACCGUUUUUAAAAAUUUUGUCCUACGUGCUUUAUCCCUGGUUAUGCCUCUUAUUUGUUUUGGUGUGCGUUAACAUUGUUUUCAAACAUAGCAACAUUUGGGACAUUGGCGAAGUUACCUCUUCGAUCUCCAUUGCCGUAAUGAUGGUUGUUCGAAAGACCAUUUUAAUUAAAUAUAGCUCAGUGUUUGCGGAGAUUAUCGAACUGCAUUCUCGAUUUUGGGACUAUGGUCUUUUUGGAAAAGCUACUGAAACAAAGAUUCGAAAAAAAGUGGACUUUUUCAAGUUUAUUUUGAAAUGCUACAUCGUGUCCGGUAUUACUGCCACAUCAACUCGUUCUAUUGUACCGAUAUUUGACAAGAACCUUACAAUGCCGCAAGACUGUUGGAUUCCUGGGAACAAUUCUAUCGUAAAACAUAUUAUUUAUGCUUUCCAAGUUAUAUUUUAUGCAGAAAGUAUUAGUUAUUUUACCUUUUUUGAUGGUUUUCUUUUAAUUGUCACCGCAAAUCUUCAAGCACAAUUCAUUUUGUUGCAAAAAGCAACUGGAUCUAUUAAUUUUGAGACCGACUCUGAAGAAACCGCUUGGAAAAAACUAGUAAAAUGUUGUGAACAUCACAAAUUUUUAAUAAGCGUUCAUAAGAAGUUAAACACCUUAUAUUCAUAUUUCUAUUUGGUUACUUAUUUCCUGGUCAUUACUAUGGGUUGUGUGUCGCUGUUCGUCAUUUUUGACAAGUCGUCCACUUUUGCUCAACUUCUAGAAAGCGCAAUUACUAUGGUUGUAUUAAAUGUCAUGAUUGCCAUGAUCUGCAUUUGCAGUAGUGAAAUAGAGAUUGAGGCUGAAAAACUGCUCACUCAAAUUUACGAAGUAAAUUGGUACGAAACACCGAACUUAAAAAUUCGCAAGUUUAUUCUGUUUUGGCUCAUGCAAGCACAGGUUUCUGUUGAGACAAAAGGCGCAGGGUUGUUGGUAGUAAACAGAUCUCUGAUGCUUCAGGUCCAACGUUUUUCAUAUUCUGUAUCAACAUUAUUAAAGGGAAUGAAUGAAUAAGAAUUAUAACACUAAGACAACUUAUGGCAAUUUUUAAAACAUAAAUACUGUUGUAAAUGUAGUUUUUUGCACUUCUUUUAAAAGGCACUAGGGUUCAGCUUCAACAUUAAUUUUUUAGAAAACAGUUUUAAGUCGACAAUAUUUAUGCAUUUAUUCUAAUUUUUAUAACACUUGUUCUUAUAAUAUUUAUGUAGUUAGUGAAAGCACUUAAUAAAGACUUUGUACAC